UUUUUUUUUUUUUGCAGGUGAUGACAAAGGAAAGAUGACAUGGUAAGGCCAGCAUAAUGGCCAGGGGAGCGGGAUCGUGGGCACCCCAGCCCAUGCCGUUUCCAGCACUGUCCACUCCCGUACGCCCACUCCCGCACCUCUUCGCUCCUGUACACUCUCUUCUGCGCUUGUCUUUUCCUCUUGUGGUCUUCGUGUUAGUGCAUUUCGUUAAGGUAUCUACUUCAGUCUCAGUACCAAAAGAAAAUGCAGUUCGUUUCUUGAAAGAUAAUUACAAUGUCAGCAUAUAUGAGAAUUCUCUGCCACGGACUUAUGUAACAGGGGAACACCUGAUGGGUGUAGAGUUGGAAGGUUUGCCUCCUGGUGCUGAUGUGGUAUUCUCUAUACAAGAAGGAGACCAAGAUGGCUUUUUCACAGCUGAAACUGAAGUGGUGGGUGGGGUUGCAGUUUUGCAUUUGAGAACCAGGACAGGGUUGAGGGAUGUGCUCAACAGAGAGAGGAGAGCUGUCUACGUGUUGGAAGUGGAAGCACGAGUCAGGACAAUUCAUCUCAGGUCAGCAUUUCUUCCGGGCCAGACCAAGGUCACAGUAAUAGUAAAGGAUAUGAAUGACAAUAUUCCCUUGUUUUAUCCCACCAAGUAUCAAGUUAGUGUAGGAGAGGAUGCUACCCUUCACACACAACUCCUCUCAGUUAAAGCACAUGAUGCUGAUGAAGGGUACAAUGGCCAAGUUUACUAUUCACUAGAGAAUCAUAUGACAAACCUUUUUGCAGUGCAUCCUACUACUGGUGUGCUUAGUGUCACACGACCACUUGCCUACAGACAUAUGCAUGUGCAUACAGUUAAUAUUUUAGCUCAAGAUCGGGGAUUGCAGCCAUGGAACUUCCGGCCAACAGAUGCUGCACGGGCAGUUGUGGAGGUGCAAGUUCAGCAAGUAAAUAUACAUCCUCCACGCAUCCAUGUGCAUCAUUUACCCCAUGUAGUAGAACAUGCACAUACAUAUAUAUAUGCCAUCAUUAAUGUUGAUGAUGAAGAUGAAGGUGAUAGUGGUAGAAUAGAGUCUGUCCAAAUUGUUAAUGGAGACCCUGCCAGACUUUUUAGCAUAACACAAGGUUCUAAGAGCAAGGAAUAUAAUUUGGUGGUACUCAAAAUUUUAGAUAGAGAAUUAGCUCCUGGAGGUUAUAACCUGACACUGCUAGCUACUGAUGCUGGUAUUCCAUCCCAGCUUACCAGAGAAAGUGUGCAUGUCAACAUCGCUGAUGUAAAUGACCAUGCUCCAGUGUUUGCUAGGGAGCAAUAUGAAGAGGCAGUGAGUGAAGAGGCGCCACCACACACCCCUGUAGUACGAGUUGCCGCAUCUGACACUGAUCAAGGUAUUAAUGGCAGAGUUCUAUUUAGAAUAGUUGCUGGAAACGAAGAUGAAAAAUUCAGUAUCAAUCCACGAACGGGCCUGAUAACUACAGCUGAGUGGCUAGAUCAUGAGGAUACUGCAUACUACAGUGUAACAGUGGCUGCAGUAGACCAAGCUAGCAAUGCUCGUAGGAAGCAGUCUUCUGCAAAGGUGAUUAUACGUGUUCUGGAUGCUAAUGAUAAUGCACCACAAUUUAACACUCCAAAUACAGAAGUCAUACUUGAUGAAAAUGAACCUAGAGGAUCUUAUGUCACCAGAGUCAUCGCAACAGAUCAAGACUCUGGGGAAAAUGGAUUUAUUUCCUAUAGUAUUGCUAAUCUUGAUCCAGUUCCUUUCAGUAUUGAUCCUUUUGAUGGUGUGAUAAGAACGUCAUCUGUUUUGGAUUAUGAAACCGAAAGACGUGUGUACACUAUAAAAGUUCGUGCAUCAGACUGGGGUACACCCUUUAAACGAGAAACAGAAACAACUGUUAAAGUAAAAGUUAGAGAUGUUAAUGAUAAUAGGCCACAGUUUGAAGGAACAGAUUGUAAAGGUUGGAUAUCAGCUGAUGCACCAGUUGGUACUAAUGUCCUCACAAUGUCUGCUCUAGACUUGGAUGCUGAUAGUGUUGUGACUUAUAAAUUGCAAGGGGACAUGGAAGAAGAAUGUUGGGUUCUUGAUGCCUCUUCUGGGGUGCUUGCCCUUACCUGCGAUUUAAAAAGAAGUGAAAGAGAUGGUGAAAGAUCACGGACAUUUGUUCUAAAUGUAACAGCUACAGAUGGUUCACAUGUUUCUGAUACUGCAAGUAUAACUUUGGCAGUUAUCACUCAGCAGGGACCAGACCAGACAGCUCACCAACACUCGCAUGUUGAGUGUCAGGCAACAGGUAUUAGUAACAACAUGUCAGAGGUAUUAGCAUCUGGAGCAGACAUUAAUGCUGCAGUAGAACAUUAUGCUCUAAUGCCACUACGGUAUGGAUAUAAUACCCACCCACCAGAUUUACCUGAGAAUUUGCCAGUUACUGUUAAUGUCCAAGAAGAUACUGAGGUUGGAAGUGAGAUUCUUGCCAUCAAUGCUACUGAUCAUGAUCGAGGUUAUAAUGGUCGUGUUGUGUAUGCAAUAACUGGUGGGGACACAGAUUCCGUGUUCAAAAUUGGCAUUGAGUCUGGGGUUUUAGAGGUAUGGUCAGGAUUAGACCAUGAGCGAAACCCUGAAUAUAUACUGAAUAUCACUGUAUAUGACUUGGGUGUGCCUCAUCGUAGUGUAACUAUGAAUCUAACUGUCCGUGUUACUGAUGUAAAUGAUAAUGCACCAGAGUUUAGUCGUGUAAGCUACAGCCUUCACCUACCAGAAAAUACACGCAAUGGUACCAGUGUUGCUCAACUCAGUGCUCAGGAUGCAGAUGAUGGACUAAAUGCAAAAAUCACAUUUGAACUAGUAACAGAUGUUAAUGAAUUCACAGUUGAACGUGAGACUGGGACUUUAUAUGUUUCUGGUACUCUAGACAGAGAGAGACGGAGCGAAUAUGACCUUCGUGUCCGGGCAUGGGAUAGUGCACCAGAAAAUCCACGUUCUGCACUUGCCAGGGUUCUUGUUUCAAUUCUUGAUAUAAAUGACUGUGCCCCAGAAUUCCAUGCAGCUAGCAGACUUGUAGUGGACAUUCCAGAAGAUCUUCCUCUGGGAGCUGUGGUUGCUACUCUUCAGGCAACUGAUAAAGAUUUAAGUUUGGGUGGUAUGGUCAGCUACAGUCUCCUCAGUGGUCAUGAUGAUGUAUUUCGAAUAGACAAGGAAACAGGUGUGGUAAGAGUGACUGGGCCCCUGGACUUUGAAACUCAGCAGACUUAUAACUUAACAGUGCAAGCAAAAGAUGGUGGUGUUCCAGCCCUAGAGACUCAUGCUAUGCUACUCAUACACAUAAAUGAUGUAGAUGAAAAUUUAGGGCCUCCAAGAUUCCCCAAAAGAGUUGAGCGAGGAUGGGUGAGAGAGAAUCUAGCUCCAGGAGCCAUUGUGACUACUAUAGCGGCAAGAGAUCCAGACUCUAGUUCCCUUACUUACACCAUAACAGCAGGGGAUGGACUGGGAUAUUUCUCCAUUGAUGAAAAAGGAACGGUGCGGACAGUGGCGGUUCUUGAUCGAGAGGUAGCACGAGGAUACUGGUUAACCCUUGUAGUUAAGGACGACGGUGCUGUGCCUUUAACUGAUACGUGUCACCUCUAUGUGGAGGUAGAAGAUGUGAACGACCAUAUCCCUCAGACCGAGGAUCCUUCAUACCACCCGUAUGUGGCCGAAGAUUCAGCUCCGGGAACCUCUGUCAUUGCCCUCACGGCCUACGACGGCGAUCUUACUCUCUCCAACCUCUCCUUCGCCAUCACUAACGGCAAUGACGAAUCACAUUUCCAGAUUAAUGCAGUAACAGGGUUGGUCACCACGGCUUGGACUCUAGAUAGGGAAACUCGGCCAGAAUAUGAGAUAUGGGUGACUGUCUCGGAUGGGCAGCUUUCCUCAGUCACUCCCAUCUUCAUCACAAUCACGGAUGUCAACGACAACCCUCCCGAAUUUUUAGAGUCCUUGUACCGUGUUACUAUACCUGCACGACCGAAGACCAAAAAGAGGGAGGCUUUAUUCAGGCCCGACCCUGUGGACGAUGGUGGGGAGGCAGUGUGGGCGUGGGGGGACUGGGUGUCUUUCUCACCCACACAGAUCACCGGCCAAGACAUCGCCUUGUUCAGGGUAUUCGCCAAGGACAUUGAUGUAGGCAUGAAUGCUGAUUUGGACUACAGCAUAAAGACAGGCAAAGGGAAAGGACGCUUCAAGAUCCACCCGAAGACAGGCCAGGUGUUCACCAGCAAAGCAUUUGCUCCAGGACAGACGUUCGACAUUAUGGUACAGGCUAAGGACAACGGCCGACCACAGCUCAGCGCGACCACCAGGGUGCUAGUAAGAGUAGUGCCAGUGCCGGCGUCCUCGGAGAAUCCUCCAGUAGUUCCGACCCCCAUCCCCGUCCACGUGAUGGAAACCGACCCGCCCGGACAUCUGGUGGCGUUCGUCAGCGCUCACGACCCAGACAACGAUACGCUCUGGUACCACCUCACAGAAGGGGAUGAAGCUGGAAGAUUCAGCAUGGGGGUCGACUCUGGAAUCCUUAGCCUCGCUCGGUGGCUGGACCAUGAGGACCAGUACCAUUACACCCUCACUCUGGCAGUUACUGACGGCGUGCAUACCGUAACAACGCAGUUGGCCGUGGAAGUGAUGGACGCCAAUGACCACCGGCCUGUUUUCAGUGCGCCAUUGUAUGAGGCCAGCGUCAGUGAGGCAGCUGCCCCAGGAACCACUAUACUGGGCCUCCAGUGUCGGGAUAAAGAUAAUUCGCCAUCUACUUCCUCCUCAGUUUAUUUCUCUCUACAUCACGCUCAUGCAAUAGCUACCCAUGGGCUCUUCACAAUAGACUCUUCCAGUGGGGACGUCAUUGUUGCUAAACCGCUUGACAGAGAAGUGUCCAGCACACACAUCCUGACAGCAGGCUGCCGAGACAGGGGUCAGCGGGAGGGCGCUGACUAUACCAGGAUACGUGUGACAGUGACAGAUGACAAUGAUCACGAUCCGGUCUUUCUAGAGAAUAUGAUCCUUGCAAAAGUCAGCUCAGGGGCAGCCGUCGGGACAGCGGUCGCUCGCGUUGUGGCGCUCGACCACGACAAGGCGGAGAACGGGAGACUGUCCUACUCCAUCGCAGAAGGGAAUGCUGGCGGCACCUUCAGCAUUAGCCCUCACUUAGGAGUGAUAACGCUGCGACAAGAUCUGCGAGACGAGCGGUCCUCAGAGUACUUGCUGCUCGUCCGCGCGGUGGAUCACGGCUUCGAGGCCCGGGCUGCCUCCGUCCCGGUUCGUGUGGUCGUGACGUCGGCCCCCGACGCACCCCCCGUGUGGCAAGAUGAUGCCUCCCAGGUGGUCGAAAUCGGGGAGUGGACGACGGUAGGCUCGGCUGUGGCCCGGCUGACUGCGACGUCACCUUCGUCUUUGCAUUAUACGGUUACUGCUGGGAAUGACGAUGGAGUCUUUCUCGUGAGCCCGGCUUCUGGCGUGGUGAGCCUGGCGGCGCCUCUAGACUACGAGACCACCGCCUGGUAUAACCUUACGGUCGCCGCCACUAAUCUUGCCGGUGUAUCACGAAGUACGUGGCUGGGGAUAACGGUGCUGGACGAAAACGAUUGGAUGCCGGAGUGGGACCAUUAUGUCUAUGAAGGAACCGUCUUGCAGAAUGCCCCUGUGAACGCUCCAGUGUUGGCCACCCAAACACACAGUGGCCGUGACCCGGCCCCUCUUACAGUCUCUGCUACCGACCGUGAUCAAGGUUUAAAUGGUCGUAUAACAUUUAGCAUUGUAGAAAAGGAUAUGACGCAGUACUUCUCCAUCGACUCGUUCACAGGAGCAGUUCGGGUGGCCGGUCCCCUGGGCGACUUAGCGGGAGCGGCGAAGCUUAGCGUGUGGGCGCGAGACGGGGGGAGUCCCCGAAGAGAGUGCUUGGCUCCCGCCCGCGUGGUCAUCAAUGUAAUACCUGUGAAGGUUCCCUCGAAAGCAUUCAGUCGCUCGGUCUACACAGCUGAUUUGUACUUGCCCACCGUCCCUGGGGUGCGCGUGUUUUGCGUAGGCCAGGUCGACUUCCAGGAGCAGCGCCAUUUACAUUCUUCCCCGCAGCUUAAUUAUACUGUGAUAGACGGUGAUGAAACCAGACGAUUUGCAUUCGAUGACGAAAACAAAUGUCUUUUUGUGCGUGAUCAUCUGAAUCUCAGCCCACACUACAAUUUAACGAUUCAAGCUGUGGAUGGAACUACAGUAUCCACAGCUGUGGCAGAAGUAUUUGUUCAGGAUGUCCCCCAGUCGCCUUUGUCGUUCAUGCAAGAUAAAUAUUGGGCGAGCGUCUAUGAAAACUCGACGAAGGAAAUCAGUGUUGUCGUUUUAGGUGUGAAGGGACAGCCCCUCAAUAGCCACACACUCUACUCGAUCCUCAACCCAAACGAAAACUUCGAAAUCCGCUCCACCGCCGGCAUCAUCAAAACAACAGGGAAGCCCUUCGACCGGGAGACCGAAGACCACUACACGCUCGUCAUCCAGGCUAAAGACGCUGAAGACGAGAGGAACGUCGCGCAGGUACUCGUGCACGUGGCAGUGAUGGACGUGAAUGACAAUGAGCCUGUAUUCGUCGGUCAACCAUACUACGCUUUGGUUUCCACAACGGCGGCGCGAGGACACAUUGUGACCAAGGUGUGGGCAGUGGAUGCGGAUGCCGGUGAUUUUGGGAGCGUCCGCUACGAAUUAGUGCGGGGCAGCGGCGAACUGUUUGCAGUGAACAAGAAAACGGGCGAGAUCUCCCUGAAGCAGCCUCUGAUGGUGGCAGACAAGACGUACAGCCUCACCGUCGCGGCCUACGACGGCGGGAAGAUGCCGCUCAGCUCGCAGGCCCACGUCCUCAUACGAGUGGUGUCAUCGGAGGGCCCCAUCUUCACUUCAGGCCACUACUUGGCGUCCAUUGACGAGGACGCUCGCUUAGGGUCCCCUGUGCUGAGGGUCGAGGCUGCCAGUUCUUCGGGCGCGCCUCUCAUGUACACGAUUGUUGCAGGCAACACCAACGAGGAAUUUGCUCUCGAGUACACUUCCGGUGUGGUGCAGACAUUAGGCUCCCUUGACUACGAGAGCGUGCGCACUCAUAACCUGAGUGUUAGGGCACGGGACCCCGUGACAGGCGGGUACACAGACGCCCAAGUCACCAUCUCUGUGAUGGACGUGAAUGACAACCCGCCGGUGUUCAGUAGCCAAGUGUUCAAGGCGCAGGUGUCCGAGGCGGCGUCCCCCGGCCACGUUGUGGUGCAGGUCGCGGCGACCGACCAGGACACGGGUGCGGGCGGCCGCGUGCGGUUCUCGUGCGAGUCGGGGUGCGACUUCUUCCACGUAGGCGAAAAUGACGGGGUUGUGGCGGUGGCGCGGCGCCUGGACGCGGAGACGAAGGCGCAACAUACGCUCACCGUCAGCGCCACCGACGCCGGCCUGCCGCAGCUGUCGUCCACUGCCGCCCUCAUCAUCCAGGUGACGGACUUCAACGACAACGCUCCCGUCUGGCGGCAAGACAGCUACACCUGCCGCGUGUCCUCGGAGGCUCAGCCAGGACACAUCGUUUCUGCGCUAACUGCGCACGACCCAGACGUAGGAGAAACCACGCACCUGCGCUACGGCAUCCACUCGGGGGACCGUGCCGACAUCUUCAAAAUAGACCCUCUGACAGGUAUCAUCGUGGUCACGUCACCCAAGAAAUUGGAGAAUAUGACAUCAGCAAAUCUCAAUAUCUCCGUCAGCGAUGGAGUCCAUGUCGCCUUCACUGGCCUCAGGGUGACGGUCACGCCCUCGAACCAUCACACGCCGCGAUUUGAACGGCCUGUAUACGAAGGUUGGGUGGACGAGAACAAUGCUCCUGGGCAGUUUGUCCUUACGCUGAAGGCUCAUGACCCCGACGGAGGAGAGUUCGGAGCGCUUGAGUACACCAUCCUGUACCAGAGCUUAGAGGGAUCGUUCGCCAUAGACAAAGAAGCUGUACGUGGCGGCUGCGUUAGAUCGAGAACAGCAGGCUGAAUACAGACUUACCAUUACGGCAACUGAUGGUAAAUUCACAGCUAACACGACAGUAACCGUAACUGUUAUAGACGUAAAUGACAAUGGACCAGUAUGCAAAGAACCUCUUUACAAUCGCGAGAUCUCAGAGGGAGUGAAUUUAGGAACCCAUGUAGUCUCUGUGCUUGCUUGGGACGCUGACGAAGGCACAGCUGCACGCACCCGCUAUACCCUCAUCGGAGACGGUUCUGAAAACUUCAACAUAGACCAGCAGAGCGGCCACGUCACCACAGCAACCCUGCUGGAUCGUGAGAACAAAGAUUACUACUCCCUUGUAGUGGCAGUAGAAGACUGGGAGUAUGCGGAGUGGUCGUGCCAGGUGCAGCUGCAGGUGAGCAUCAGCGACACCAACGACAACGCGCCGGAAUUCAGUGAGGCAAGCCACAAAGCUACAAUUGCCGAGGACGCUCCUGUCAAUACUGUCUUAAUCAAGAUGCACGCUACAGAUCCCGAUCUCGGAAUCAGUCGGCGAAUCAAAUACAGUUUCGUGGAUUCUGCGGACGGCCACUUCACCAUCGACGACACAGAGGGCGUGGUGAGUCUGGCCCGCCCACUCGACCGGGAGAUCCGUGACUCUUACACGCUGACAGUGCGGGCCCAAGACCAUGGCGUCCCGCCGCUCUCAUCUACGGCACUUCUAACAGUAAUGGUCGCAGAUGUCAACGACAACCCGCCUGAAUUUGUGCGGAAGUUGCAAGAGAUAACAGUGGCGGAGAACACGAAGGUCGGGGCAGAAGUCACUCGGGUCAUGGCCACUUCAAAGGACAUUGGUGUUAAUGCAGAGAUUACGUACGCGAUUCAGCACACGACCGACGAGAAAUAUUUGCAGAUUCAUCCCAAAACAGGUGUGAUCAGCGUUGGGUCUCCGUUGGACUACGAAGAGGUUCGGCAGGUCGUCGCAACCGUGGUGGCCACCGACGGAGGGACGCCCCCGCUCUCCGCAACCGCCCUGGUCAAUGUCACCAUCACCGACGUCAAUGACAACACCCCACUGUUCUCUCUACCUUCCUACACGGCUGCUGUGCGCGAGGAUGCUUUGCGGGGGAGCAGCGUGAUUCAGAUUUCUGCAAGCGACGCGGAUUCUGGGGUGAACAGCCUUAUUCGCUACAGUAUCAAGGCUGGCAAUGAGCUCCGCUGUUUCCACAUAGACGAAGAUUCCGGUAUCAUUACUGUGUUGAAAAAGCUUGACAGGGAAAAGGAGGAAGAGUACCAGAUAAUUAUUGAAGCACGAGAUAUGGGCACGCCUUUUAACAAAGCAGACGCAAACCUUAUUAUAACUAUCAGAGACGUAAACGACAACCCGCCCAUUUUCACAAAAAGCAAUUACUCUGUGGUAGUUCAGGAAAACCGUCCUGUUGGUUACUCCCUGCUGCGCCUGAUGGCCACAGACGCAGACUCCGACUCCCACGGCGCCCCGUUCACCUGGGAGCUGAUCAACGAGGCCCACGAAGACCGCGCCUUCACGCUCGACCAGGACGGCUCCCUCAGGCUUGCCACGAAUAAACUCAACUUCCGCGUACAAAAUGAAUACUUGAUGGACGUGCGAGUUUGGGAUAGCGGGUCUCCGCCACUGUACGCCGACACUCAGGUCAAGGUGAUGGUGGUCGAGGAGUCUCGCUACCCGCCCACUCUGUUCCCCCUGCAAGCCGCCGUUGUUAAUUACCGGAGCGCCUUUCCUGGCGGCAUAAUCGGGCGUAUAACCGCCCUUGACCAGGAUCCAUAUGAUACCUUGGUGUACUCCAUCAUUCCGGACACGAAAACUGUUAAAUAUUUUGACAUCGACAGCCAGGAUGGAACUUUGGUGGCCCUGACUCCCUUGGACCCCGGCUCAUACACUGUGAACAUAAGCGUGUCAGAUGGCAAGUAUGAGCGAGACGUAGUGGCCAAGGUGGAUGUAAUUGUCAUCACGGAGGACAUGAUAGAAAACUCAGCCAUCGUCAGGAUAGGCCCGGUCUCACCAGCCGAGUUUCUCUCUCGAUAUCAGAAAGCUUUCAUUAGGGCCAUUAAAUCGGAACUUGCUGUUAAGGAGGAAUUUGUUAUACUCGUAAGUAUUCAGCCAACUGUUUCGCAUUCUGGUUAUAUUGAAGAACAAAUCGAAGAAAGAAAGAAAAGAGAAAUACAAAGGAAUUUAGAUGUGCUGAUAGUGGUAGAAAAUUCCGAAGGUUCUUACCUUUCCAGAGGACAUUUACUUGAACAAUUAAGGGUCAAGGAAAAUGAAAUACAAAAGAAAUUAAAUCUUCCCCUUUUGAUUAUAAUGGAUUCCCUUUGCAAAGGAGAAGCGCACUGCAUGAAUCAUGGUUCUUGCAUCGACGUUGUUGAAAUCAAUGAUGAUGUCUCUGUACCAUUCAAUACCCAACUAGCAAGUUUAGUAGCACCAAAAUUCUCCCACGUGUCAGGUUGCGUUUGCGAACAGGGAUAUGGUGGCAGUCAAUGUCAAGAUCUAAUAAAUGCGUGUGGACAUCGUCCGUGUGCUGAGUAUGAAGUGUGCAAACCCGUUGACACAGGGCCGCGAGGCUACACUUGCCAAUGUCCCGCCGGGCGUGCAGGUCCACAGUGUCAAAUAGAUCUCACUAAGUGUAUAAGCCCCUCUUGUCAUUACCCACUACGACCGUUAUCAUUUAAAGGCAAAAGUUAUGCCCAGUAUAGUGUAGCACGUCAAGCCGAGAGCAGUUCAUUAACAUUGAGUCUCUUCAUGCGGACCAGACAUCCAGUAGGAACAAUUGUUUUCGCUGCUGGCGAUAUUGACUUCAGCAUAUUAGAAGUGGCUAGUGGCCAUAUUCAGUAUCGAUGGGACUGUGGAAGUGGUGAGGGUUUGGUAAGAGUAUCUGCAGUAAGAGUUGAUGAUGAUCAGUGGCACUUUAUCAAUCUGACCAGAGAAGGGACAAUAUCAACUUUAAGUGUAGAUGGUGACAUGAGUUCUGGGGCUGCGCCGGGGGAUAAUGAUAUACUCAACGUUGAUUCAGACUUCAUUUUCUUGGGCGCCACUAUCAGUAGAGACCGCAGCUCUAGUAUGUCUUCAUACCAUAACAGCUUAGGCUUCGCAGGAUGUCUGGACCAAGUAAACAUUGACCAAGUAGAACUUCCUGUAGCCAUGACGGCAUCUUCGUCUGGCGGUGCAAUACUCAAGCGACUUGCCAAUGUUGAGCUUCAAUGCCCAGAAAAUUUGGCUGCUGCUGGCGUCUGUGGCUCUCACCCCUGCCUUAAUGGAGGAACAUGUAUAGAAAGUGGCAGUAGCUACAAGUGCACCUGUCCCCAGCGGUUUUCUGGAGUGCAGUGCCAAAUUGACACAGCCCCCUGCUCCUCCUCACCUUGUCUUAAUGGAGGCAAAUGCGUCGUUGUAGCCCACUCCUAUAAGUGCAGAUGCCCGUCAAAGUUGAGUGGAAAACGUUGUGAAUACGGUGUGCACUGUAACCCUAACCCCUGCCAGAAUGGUGGCCGGUGCGAGGAAGGUGCUGAUGGCCCAAUAUGCAAAUGUCAACAUUUUACAGGGGCGAUGUGUCAGUUGGACAUUGAUGAAUGUACUCAUAAUCCUUGUCAAAAUAGUGGCACUUGUCUCAACUUUUACGGAGGUUUCAAAUGUAUAUGCUCCCCAAAUGUUACCGGUGAGUAUUGUACCGAACCUUUGCAAAAACUGAAAGCGACAGAUUCCUCCCUAAACAUUACCCUGGAGGAACUUGUGUGCAUCCUGGCAGUAUUCUUGGGGUGUGUAGUGGCCAUGCUAGUGCUUGUGGCGUGGCAGCGUCGGCGCUGGAGACACAAGCGCCAUCAGCAGAACAACCGGAUUAAGCUCACCGAAAACCACGUUAAGAAUGACCUCAAAGCUAAUGAUGCUCCAAAGAGAAAUUCCAAAAUCUGCAAUGUGGAGGCUGACCAGGGCCCUCCGCUGCCUCCGCGCCCGGCCUCUUACACUCCAUCUGGCACCGACUCCGCCAUACUGAACACGCUCAAACACCUAGCUGACCUUUCUGCCGACCACGAGAACCUGGAGCUGGAGACACUGUCUAGGCGAUCCCAUGAGUUCCUUCACAGCCUGAAUAAGCCUGUGGUGGCACCUCCCAGUUUGUCGCCUCCGCCUCCCUCCAACAGUGACACGGAGUCACUGCAAAAGCCCUGGGACCAUCACAACAAUCUUAAUGACUCCUACUUCAUGCCCAUCAAGGAUAUAGGAUGCGACCUGGUAACUAACAUUGACGAGAACCGAGCUCCCAGCCGCCUGUCGACGGUGUCAGAUGAUUCUUCAGUACGCCGAAGGGGGUCGUCACCUCCUGCCGUGCCGCCUCUCCCCCGCCCGUCGCUCCUGGGCCGCCGGGGCAGGAUCCUCCAGGUGCACCCCCUCGAAGUGAACGCCAUAGAUCCUGCUCCCUUCGUUGGUUCCCCCCACGCGAGCGCCCCCGGUGUCGCGGACGGGUUACCUGCUAGGAAUGUCACGGGUGAUAAAUCGCCCCGUUAUGGAUAUCCUCCGACUCAGGCCAAGAAAAAAGGUUAUCAUUGGGACGACUAUGAUUUACGAGGAUCAAGGACUUUACUAGGAAACGGAGCGUGUGCGGCCACGCCCGACCUGCUGCUGCUGCCCAGAGAGCUUCCUCCUGCGGCGCUGGUGGACGACAAGGCCAUGGAGGGCCGGCCGCUCAUGUCGGGCCUUAACCAUUUUGGGACUAAAGUAGGAAACCCCGAAGAAGAAACGGCAGCAACUCCCCUGCUCUCCAUUGACGUGAGAGACAUAGAUGUUGAGGAAGAUGACGAGGAGGAAAAUGAUAUCGACGGUGAUGAUCCUUGCAGUUUUGAAGAAAUUCUCUUGGCCAAUAAUAUUACUUUAGGGUCGAAUUGCGAACUCAACCAUGCUGCUAAGUACAAUAUUGUGUCAGACUUAGAAGAGGACACCCCUGAACCACAGACGAAGAUCUUCAACGUGCCUUGUUCUCUUGAGGAGGACGUGAAUAAGCUAGGGAGCCCUAGGAGUCGCCGUCCCUUUCAUCGCACAGACUAUGGGCGAGUUUCAGACCUGUCCUUCCUUUCCGCGCUUGAGGAAGAUGACGUAGAUGACUCUCUCUCAGAACUGCAAGAUUCGGAUUACGAACCAUUAGACAGACCAAGAGGCCAACAGACAGCAACGUUAAUCCAGACGUCUGUGUCUGAAGUCUUUUUAUAGCCAGCUUAAGUUUUACUGCCGGUCAAGACUAUGUAAUAUGUGUCCAGUAGAGAAUGAAAUCACGAAGGAAAGUUCAAGAAAUGGAUAGUGAGACAAGAUCAUGUGAGUGCUGUAGAUUAAAACGUGGUGCUGUGAGUGGAUAAUGACGCAUCUUUUUGCUGAGGAAUAAUGUCUCUUAGGAAGAUAGUAACUAAGUAAAAAUGAAUGUGAGCGCACAAGCUAUAAUAAUUGUGCUACGUCGGUGCCUUCUGGUCCAGUGAUGGGUUGUAGGCUGAACAAAUAGAGGUAUUUUUUACUUUAUUGUUUAUAUAUAUAUAUAUAUAUAUAUAUACAUAUAUAUAUAUAUAUAUAUAUAUAUAUAUAUAUAUAUAUAUAUAUAUAUAUAUAUACUUAUAUUAGCUUCACUUCUUUCCAGCACCUUUUGCAUUUAUGGAAGAUAUUUUAUAGGAAAAGACAAACGAAAAAGAAGAUAUAAUUGUAUAUAAGUAUAAUUUUUCACCUUGCGGAAUUUUAUUCAAUGGAAUGCUGGGUAUUCGUAAUACACCAGAUGUAUGUGUGUAGCUCUGUCCAGAAAAGAUUCCAGUUCUGUUAUGGGAUCAGAGUGACAUUGGUAAUUCAUGGUAUUAUUUGUACACAGUGAAAUCCACUUCCCAACACCACUAUGUGAAGUAUUUAUGUUAUUGUGUAGUAAACUGUAUGUAAUCAUUUAACCCAACUCGUUAUACUAAAGCACAAAUGAACCCUAUUUCAAUGUUUGUGUCAAUGGAAGUCGUUAGAUUUUCUAUAUAUAAGUAGAACAAACUCUGCAUGUUUAUUUUCAGUGUCCAAUGAAAUUCCCUUGGGAAUUCAAGUGAUCAGGGAUGGCGAACUUUAAAGAGCCAUAACAGACGAAAAAUUGUUCAUGGUGUGUCGAGGUGUACGGUUAUUGCUAACACACACUUUAAAACUGUCAUUCAUUAUGAUGCUGCAUUUCCUCUGGACUAGUCAUGUUGAUACAGAGUAGAAAAAGUGCCUAUGCAAGAGAUGAUGAAAUUCCAGGAGAAACCAUGUAAGUAGAAUUAUAGAUAUUGCUAUUGUGUCUGUAGCAACUGGCCAUUAGUAAUUUCCUUUCGUUGAGGGAAAUCAAGAAGUGUGAACUACAUGGACUUUCCUAAAAUUGAACUAGGUAGCUUUAGAGUUUAAAUGAAUCAAUGAGUAGUAAUGAGUAGCUUAUUUGUAUAAUAUGAUUUAGUACUAUUUGAUGUGCUCCAUCUUUUCAUUCUAUGAUAAAGACAAACUAAUCUGAUUGGCAUAUUGAUUAUAGGAAACUGUUGUCACAAAAGAAUAUUUUUGUAAAAAAAAUUACUUCUGUAAAUAAAGUUGUUGUCCCAUUAA